UGCCGGUCAGUUUUAUAAAAACCAAUCGCAGUGUGCCUUGAGUCAGUAUCGCUCUGAACUUCGUUUAGUGAGCACGUGUUUAAAUUUUACAAAUGGCUGCCAAUGUACCGAUAAUCUUGAACAACGGACGCACCUGUCCUAUUUUAGGAUUGGGGACUUGGAAGUCCAAACCUGGUGAAGUGGAGCAGGCGGUGAAGGAUGCCAUCGACGCCGGGUACAGACACAUCGACUGCGCACACGUCUACAUGAACGAGAAGGAGGUCGGCCAGGCUCUGAGGGCCAAGUUCGAUGAGGGAGUCGUCAAAAGGGAAGAUAUCUUCAUCACAUCGAAACUGUGGUGUACAUUCCACCGCCCUGAUCUUGUGGAGGGAGCUAUUAAGACCACGCUCAGCAACUUGGGACUGGAGUACUUAGACCUGUAUUUGAUUCACUGGCCUCAAGCUUUUAAGGAAGAAGGAGAACUGUUCCCAUACGGAGCUGAUGGCAAAGUAACUCCCUCAUCAGUAGACUACGUGGACACUUACAAGGAAAUGGAGAAACUGGUAGAGAAGGGUCUCACAAGAAGCAUUGGACUGUCAAACUUUAACAAGAAGCAGAUCGAAAGAGUCUUGGAAGUCGCUUCGAUAAAACCAGCGAUGUUGCAGAUCGAAGUCCACCCAUACCUCAACCAACAGAAAUUGAUUGACUUCUGCAAGCUCCACGACAUAGCGAUCACUGCAUACUCUCCUCUCGGCUCUCCUGACAGACCCUGGGCCAAGCCUGAUGAUGUGAAGUUAUUGGAUGACCCAAGGCUCAAGGCUAUUGGAGAUAAAUAUGGAAAGAGUACCGCUCAAGUUCUUAUUAGAUACGCCAUCGACCGCGGCCUGGUGGUUAUCCCCAAAUCCGUCACCAAGACCCGCAUCGUGCAGAACUUCAACGUAUUUGACUUCCAACUGACCCUGGAUGAUAUAACGGAGAUAUCUUCUCUCGAGUGCAACGGCAGAGUCUGUUCCAUGGGAGAUACACAUCAUCCGGACUACCCAUUCCAUGACGAAUACUGAAGAACUGAAACCAAACGCAACAGCAGAAAUCGGUCGCUCUGUCAUAAAUUCUAUUCAAACAUUUUCAACCUUAAAACUCAAGCGAUAAGAUUGAAAAUGACUUAAUGACCGAUGUUUGUCGCUAUUUUGACAAGACAAGCAUUCCUAAUUUAUUAUUAUUUGCAUUUUUGUGUUAUGUACAAGGAUUAUUGUGAUUUUAGUGUAAACAUAGUACUUAUGACACUUUUAGAGUAAAGCACGCGUAAUGCCCCAAGUGUUGCAAGCGUUCAUAGGCCACGGUAACCACUUACCAUCAGGUGGGCCGUGUGUUUCCUUGCCACCGUCGUGGUAUAUAACAAAAGCACAGUUUAAAUUAAAAAUCAUGGUUUACUCACGUAUAUUAAUGGAGAAAAGCUCUAUUGGCUGCCCGAACGUCGCCACGUCUACGCAGCAUAUUGAAGAGUCUCUUGUGCCUCGAAACUAGAAGAGCUUUUCUCCAUUGAGUUAAUUUAAGUGUCACGAUAGUUAGUAUAAAAUUAAAGCACAGAGUGUUGUGUGCAAUUCAAUUCGCUCUUUGAAAAGAAAUAUGUUAAAAAAAAACAAUUCGUUUAAACAUCGUUUUGCAAAAAACCACAGUAUCUUCAAAGAGUAUUAAAAUAAUAAUAUAAUAAUGUCACCGUGUGAAUAAUUUAAUGUCAAUAUUUUGUGAAUAAACUGAAUCAAAGAUAUAA